AUGAAAGUUCUCUACAUCACUGGCAUUUUCUUCGCGUUCUUUGCUCAAUCUGUUGUCCCCAUCCCAAAAGACCUCCAGGAAAUGGCAGUGGAUCACUUGAAUCGAGCCAGAAACAGUUUUGCAGGGAAUUUUCCAGUGGCUAAUAUGAAUGAGCUGGUCUAUGAUGAAUCACUAGAACGAACAUUUUCAUCCUGCCAAGUUGCGGCGAAAAAAGCAGAAUUUGAUAAUCGUGUUAUUAUGUUCCGGGCAGAUGAUGUUGAUGAAAUACGUUUUGAUAGUGAAGGAGAAGCGCAAAGGUUAGCGAAUGACAAUCGCGGUGAUGCUCUCUUGUACAAAAUCAUAUUCCAUUCUCCACUCACAUCAGUUGGAUGUGUCAAAUUGGAUAAGCCAUGUCAGUAUCCAGGGUAUCCAGGACGCAACGGGGCUAGUGUGCCUGACCGCCACAAAGCCACGGAGAUGUGUUUCUUCGAUGGACCUGACAAUGCAAAAAUAACGGAUAACUUGAAAAGAGGAAAACCAGCGACACAAUGUCCGAACGGGAAGUCUGAGAAGUACGAAAACUUGUGCAAGAAAUCAUCGAAAUCAGGAACUUCUUCAAAAUCAUUGCAAUCGGAAACUGCUUCGAAAUCGUCAGAUUCCAAAUCAGAAACUUCUUCUGGUUCUCUCGUCUCUCCAGCUCACAUUCUUAUUGCUGCUGUCUUCAUUAUAAUCUCUUUUUAUUUCUGA